GGGAGAGAGAUAUAGUGAAUAAAAACAGAGGAAUCAGGCAUGUUUCGGGAGUCGGUAUGCGGGCAAGAAGAGAUAGAGCAGAUAUCAAGAGAGAGCAGUCAUUACAGUCUGUCGACAGGGAUACUCCCCUCGCUUGGAGCAAGAAGCAACCGUAGAGUCAAGCUCAAGAGAUUCAUUGUUUCUCCUUAUGAUCGUCGUUACAGGAUAUGGGAGACUUUUCUGGUUAUUUUAGUCAUCUAUACUGCUUGGGUUUCGCCAUUUGAGUUUGGUUUCCUUGAAAAACCUGCUACACCGCUUUCAGCCACUGAUAAUGUUGUUAAUGGAUUCUUUGCCCUGGAUAUUAUUCUCACCUUCUUCGUUGCAUAUCUCGAUAAAAAAACCUAUCUCCUCAUCGAUGAUCACAAGAAGAUUGCUUGGAAGUAUGCCCGUUCAUGGCUGGCUUUUGACGUAAUAUCGACGAUACCAUUGGAACUUGCUCAGAAAAUCUCCCCUAAACCAUUGCGCUCAUAUGGCUUAUUCAACAUGCUUCGCCUUUGGCGUCUGCGCCGAGUUAGUGCAUUGUUUUCCAGAAUGGAGAAGGACAAGAACUACAACUACUUUUGGGUUCGAUGUGCAAAACUUAUUUGUGUUACACUUUUUGCAGUUCAUUGUGCUGGAUGUUUCUAUUAUCUUAUAGCUGAACGAUAUCCUGAUCCGGCGAGAACAUGGAUCGGAAAUUCUCUCGGAGAGGAUUUCCUCGAGCAGAGCUUGUGGAUUCGAUAUGUGACAUCGAUGUACUGGUCUAUCACUACACUGACCACUGUUGGCUAUGGUGAUUUGCAUCCUGUGAAUACUAGGGAGAUGGUGUUUGACAUUUUCUACAUGCUUUUCAACCUGGGGUUGACAGCAUAUUUGAUCGGAAACAUGACGAACUUGGUUGUCCACGGAACAAGCCGAACUAGACGAUUCAGGGAUACCAUUCAAGCAGCUUCAAGUUUUGCUCAGAGAAACCAGUUGCCUCCUCGCCUACAAGAUCAGAUGCUUGCACAUUUAUGUUUGAAGUUCAGGACGGAUUCAGAGGGGUUGCAGCAGCAAGAGACUAUCGAUUCGCUUCCUAAAGCCAUUCGAUCGAGCAUUUCGCAUUAUCUUUUCUACUCUCUUAUGGACAAGGUUUACUUAUUUCGCGGUGUUUCCAACGACUUGCUUUUUCAGCUGGUAUCAGAGAUGAAAGCUGAAUAUUUUCCUCCUAAAGAAGAUGUCAUCCUGCAGAACGAAGCGCCAACAGAUUUCUACAUCCUUGUUACUGGUGCCGUGGAUCUAUUGAUUCUCAAAAAUGGCGUUGAGCAGGUUGUUGGAGAGGCAAAAUCAGGUGAUCUCUGUGGUGAGAUCGGAGUCCUUUGUUAUAGGCCACAGCUAUUUACAGUACGUACAAAACGAUUGUGCCAACUACUUCGGCUAAACCGGACUACAUUCCUUAAUAUCAUUCAGGCCAAUGUCGGAGAUGGGACCAUAAUCAUGAAUAAUCUCCUUCAGCAUUUGAAAGGCAAGAAUGACCCGAUUAUGGAAGGCAUUUUAAUCGAGACCGAGAACAUGCUAGCUCGAGGGAGAAUGGAUUUACCUCUCAACCUUUGCUUCGCCGCACUCAGGGGAGACGACUUGUUGUUGCAUCAGCUAUUGAAAAGGGGGCUUGAUCCUAAUGAAGCAGACAACAAUGGAAGAACAGCUUUGCAUAUAGCUGCAUCAAAAGGAAGUGAGAACUGCAUUCUUCUCUUACUGGAUUAUGGUGCAGAUCCAAACUGUAAAGAUUCAGAAGGAAACGUACCGCUAUGGGAGGCAAUGCUUGCCGGCCACGAUAACGUAGCUAAAUUGCUAAAGGAAAAUGGAGCAAGGAUCACCAGUGGAGAUGUAGGUCACUAUGCCUGCAUCGCCGCCGAACAGAACAACUUAAACUUGCUCAAGGAAAUCGUUUGUUACCGUGGGGAUGUCACACGUCCGAGGCACAACGGAUACACAGCUCUUCAUGUUGCAGUUUGCGAAGGAAACAUCGAAAUAGUCAAGUACCUUAUGGAUGAAGGUGCUGACAUUGACAAACCAGAUUUCUAUGGUUGGACACCAAGGGAUCUAGCCGAGCAACAAGGACACGAAGAAAUAAAGACGUUGUUCGAAUCAAGAAAAGAUACGAAAGCUCAAUCUAUCUUGUCGAUUCCGGAGAAGGCCGAGACACGGUACCUCGGGAGGUUUACAAGUGAGCCGGUUAUCUGUCCUGUAGCACCGGAUGCGACAGAUGGAUCGUGGAGCCAAUCCCGGCGGAGGCGGAGGACAAGUAAUUUCCACAACUCACUAUUUGGGAUAAUGUCAGCUUCAAACAAUGUGGAGAAAGAUUUACUACUCUCAGUUCAUCGACCAAAGGGUGUCAAGGAUGAUCCUAUUGUCAACUCCUCUAGAGUGGUAAUAAGUUGCCCAGAAAAGGGACAAACCACCGGGAAACUUGUACUACUUGCGGGCAACAUGGAGGAAUUACUCGAGAUUGGUGCUAAAAAAUUUGGGAUAUUUGGAGGUAAAGUGGUGAGCAAAGAAGGAGCUGAAAUUGAUGAUAUUGAAGUGAUUAGAGAUGGUGACCACCUUGUCUUUGUUAGUGAUGGUCAAAUUCUAACAUCAACAACAGACUGACAGUCCAAAACCCCAAUGCAAUGGGUUUCCUUAGAGCACAAGUUAACAUAUAUUUCUAAAUUCUUACCUUCCCCCCCCCCAACCCCUUUCU